AUGUUCACUGGAACCUUUCGAACUAGUGAACAACCUGUUCGUUUUGUUCUUGAGAAUGUAUAUUUAAAUGAGCUUCAUGCUCUGAGGCGCUUUGAAAUCAGUAACAUUUCACAGCAUACAAUACUUGUAAAAUUACGAUCAAACCUUGGAUCCCAGAUAGCCUUUCAACUUUCCAACGAAAAUCUUCCAGAUCUAGACUCUCGUGAUGCUUGUUCGCCUGAUUUACCAACUAGUUUAUCUGAGAAUCCUUUAACAAAUAUUACGACAAAUACUGUAGCUGCUGCUGCAUUUGGUGCCUUCUGUGACAAUGUUAAUGGUUAUAAAUUCAAUCAGCUUUUCAAUUAUGUUAAUCAUAUCGAUGAAGUUGAAAUUCCUCCAAGCUCUUCUCAAAAAGUCAUAUUAGCCUUCUUACCCGAACCUCUUUAUAAAGCUCAAAGAUCAGAAAUGAAUCAUUCUUCUGAAUUACAAUCAACCGAUAAUGUCACUGGGCCGACAACUUCUGACAAUAAUCAAGAUGACACUGAAGAAACAACAGGAGACUCAAACAUUUUUGCCACUUCAACAGAAGACGAAACUUAUGAUUUUUUUGAAGUCAAUGGACUUUUAUUCUUUUUUGUAUAUAUUAUAGAUAAUAUUAAUAGUGACAUAGAUAAUUCUUCUAAGCAUAAUGAAACGCAAAAUUUAAUUUCAAAUCGCACCUCAUCACCAUCUAUAAAUGUGACAUAUUAUUCCGAAAAUGAUCAAGUUAAUAAUUUAAACAAAAUUAUUAUUGACAAUUCAAUUUAUCGUGAUGUCGAUAAUAUCAGUAAUACAAAUAAAGCAGAUUAUCAGGUCACCAUAAAAUUCCAUUCAACUGUUUGUAAAUCAGUAUUAUGGACAGAUGUUGGCGAGACAGGAAUUAAUUUUGAUGACUGUGUGAAUGGUGGCACCUACUUCAAAGAUUUUACUAUUUGGAAUAGAUCAGAAAUCGAGUUAUAUUGGCUUUUAAACACUGUAGAUCUAACAAAUUCAAAAAGUGAAGAUAUGUUGAAAUUUACAGAUUAUGAUACUGGUGAACCAUUGGAUUCCAAACCAAUACCAAGUUACUCUCAUAGAAGAAUUAGAGUCACUUUUCGACCUAAAGGGAUUGGAGAAUUUAGUUAUGAUCUGCAAUUGGAAAAUGCUAACGAUCCAUCUAAUGUCUUGCAGAGUAGAAUCCAUGCUGUUGUAAGAUCAGUAUUAAGAGAAGAACUAUUAGUUGUAAGUAGUGUAAAUAAUAUUCUUGAUUUUGGUGACUGUUGUGCAGGAGUAUGGAGCAAACAGCAAUUGGUUUUAAAGAAUGUCAGCGAAGUACCAUUAGAAAUUCAUUUUGGAGCAGAGAAUGCAGAAGUUCAAUUUCAUCUAAAAACAGAUGAUUUAAUAAUAAAUUAUAAUAGAUUUGAUAUUGAUGAAUCUGGAACAUCUUACCAUCAAAUAACUGGUAUUGAUGUUUCUUCACCAACAAACACCCUUAUUAACACAAGUUCAACAAGUGAAAUAUCACGUGCUGGUAGUGAGAUAAGUUCUCGCACCACUUCACCUACUCCUCCCAUUCAAGAAAGUGACAAAUUUGAUUCAUCUUCGGGAAUUUCUUCUUUAUUAAUUAAUAAUCAACUUAAAUUUCAAACAUCAGGGUUAAUAAAUAGAAGUUUUGAGAAUAGUAUAAAUGAUUCAGAUUUAGAACCAUUUGUAAAUAAUUCAUUAAUUAAUGAACAAUCGAUCAAAGGGUUAUCAGACAAUUAUGAGUUAUAUCCAGAUAGUCCAGAUGGGUUGGCACAAAUAGAAGAAGUUGUAUUUGGGCCAGGAAAAGAAAGCACUGUUCAAGUUUCUUACCGUCCAGAAAAAGAUGCCUCAGCAAACAAUUACAAGGCAGGCAUUCUGACUCGCCGUACAUUUCGUAUUAUAUUAAAAUAUUCACCUCUGAAUUUAGCAUCAACCAGCUUGAGUUCAAAUGAGCAAGAAAGAAAAAUUAUUCAAUGUAGGGCUCGUAGUUGUACCUCAUUUGUCAAAGUUAGCCCAAAAGAAGUGAAUUUUGGUGACACUGAUGUAGGCACACUUAAAUCCAUCCCAAUUACCAUUUAUAAUUUAUCUGAAUUAACAGCUAGAGUCAAAUUAGAAUUUGUUUCCAAGGUGUUAAAUUGCAUCAGGAAUGAAAUAGUUAUUCCUCCAAAACUUUCAACAGAAAUUAAGCUUGAUAUGUAUCCCAGGAAAGUUAAUGUUGAUUACCGCAAACAAAUAACUGUUGUUAAUUUACAAAAUCGUGAUAAUGAUCAAAUCAUUGAAGUACAUAGUACAAAUAUUGAUAAAAACCGUGUCACUUUCCAUUCCUUGUUCUAUCGAAUUUUAACAUCUACUGGAAGCAACUUUAUUGAUUUCGGAACAACUGUUGUCAAUUCGCCAAAUAUUCGUACAUUUACCAUUGACAAUAUCAGCACAAAAAAAUUGAUUUUAGAGAUAACAUCAUCAUGGCCCGAAGAAAUACUAAUUUAUCAAAAACAUCCAAAGGCCGAGGAAUUUUCUCAAACAAUUAACCCGUUAUUAGACAAUAUAAAUGAUGAAGAUAUUGUUAAUGGAAAUAUUGAAUCAGAAACAUCUAGAUCCAAACUAGAAAGACGAGAAAAACUUUUAGAAUCAAUAAGAGAUCGGCGAUUGUCAACAAAACAUCAUAUCAACAACAUUGAAACAACAUCAACUAGUGGAAUUUCCUUAACAAAUACUUUAGUUGAUGAAUUUCAUAGUGUUGUUUCUAACAAAAGACAUGCAUCACAUGCUUUUUUAGAUAAUUCUAUAACAGAUGUAUCAUCUUCAUCCAGUGCUGCUUAUUUGGAUUUAGCAGGAUCACCAAAUUUAGAUCCAAAACAUUCCCCAAGAAAGAGACCAUUAAAAACCUCAUUAAGUAAAACAAGUGGAAUGGGAGUCAAUAAUACAAUAGAGAGAAUCAACAAGAAUAUAAAUCCAGUUAUGACUAAUUCAAUAAGUUCAACUGCUAUUAGUUUUUACAAAAAAAAUUCAAUCAAUACCACAACUCAUCUCAUUAGAAAUUCUGGCUUCAACUUAAAUGAAAAUAACGUAGCUGAUACAACCAAGGAAAAUACUGAAGGAUUGCAAUACAAAGAGUCAAAUAAUAAUAAUAUUGGGGGAAUUGUAUCAUCAGCAACUCACUCAAAAGUACCUCCCGACUCUUCAAGAUUUUCAUGCAUGACUUUAGAUACAUUGAUUAGUACACUUGAAACUAACAAUCCUACAUCACCACUACUGUUUCCAAAAUCAACUGCAGAAGAGGCACAUGUACGCAGACACAUUGAAUUACUUUUGGAAUUAGAAAAGCGAAUCAGAGACCAACAAUUGGUAUCAGUUAGGAUGGUGGAAAUUUCACCUUCUAGUGAAUGUCAGAUAAUUGUUAUUUCCACACCAAAAAGUCACAUUAGGAGUAAUGUACAAGGAUCUCCAAAGAAAUAUGAUGCCAAAGUAUUCUUACGUUUAAUUGACUUUGAUCGAGAGAUCCAACAACCUCAGUUUGAAAGUUUGUUGCAUGGUGACCAAUCUCAAAUUCCUGUAAGAGAACUCAUGGUCAAUGUUACUUUGUGUCAAUCUAUCAUGGAUUUGGGGCAAAAGAACAUAAACUUUGGAAAUAUUGAUAAGCAUGAACGUCGUAAAAAAACUAUUAUUAUACAAAAUAGAAGUGAAAUUCCUUUGUUGUAUAAUAUUCGCAAAUCUGGAUCGAUUGCUUCUGGUGACAUUGUAUUUAGAGUUGGAAAGUCUGGUGUUGUUCGUGGAUAUGGUAAAAAGGAAGUAGAAUUCACCUUUAAUCCAAGUCUUGCAGGCCAAUUUCAUGAAAAACUCAUGAUUGAAAAUGUCCAAGAUCGUGAUAAUAAUCAAGUUCUUUCAUUAAAAGCAAUUGUUCGCAAACAAUCAAACUUUACCAUUCAACCUUUAAAUAUAAAUUUUGGUGUUUGCUUGAUCAAUGAAAGUUGUACACAAGUUCAACAAAUUACUAUCUGCAAUACAAAUAAACAGUCAAGAAUGUUUGAAGUUCGGGUAGACCCGCUUGAACUCAAAUUUAGUUGGUUUAUUGCAGAGUUGAAUUUUUUUGUUCCUGAAGAAAAAGAUGGAAAUUCUAAUGUCACGGGUAUAAUUAGCAAAGAGAUGGAAGAAGAAAUAGAAAGUUUGGAACAAAAGGUUAAAAUUGCUAGGCGUAAAGGUCACGAAGAAAAGGUUAAAAAGUUAGAGAAAAAACUUGCCAACUUACGAAGAGGAGAAGCAGGCGGAGAGAUUAUUUAUGAAAAUGAGCCUUUAGAUAAUGAUGAUAUUAGAUCCUUAAAUGACUCAAAAGAAGAAAGGAUUGGAAUAUUUCAUGAUGGCAAAUCAACAUCUUCUGAAGAAAUCCCUGGUAUUGAUAGUGCAACUAUGACUAAUAGAAAAUUAUUUCAUGCUGAAAAUUUUUUAGAAAAGCAGCAUAGUCGAACAUCUAAUAACAAUAGCAAUGUUGGUCAAGCGAAAGAAGCAAAUAAAUAUAAGAAAACCUCUUCAUCAAUUAUUUUUUCAAUUAAUUCAAGGUCAUCAAAAACCAUUUCUGUUUAUUUUCGAGCUAUUAGAAUCAAUGUACAAACUGAAUUUGAUGACUCAUUGGAUGCAGAUCAAAUUUCUCAAGAAAUCAUUAAUGGUCGUAUAUUUGUUCAUGAAUAUAAAAAUACGGAUGUUACUAAACAUGUUAAUUUCAAAGCUGUAGUUUGUAAUGACCAUUCUAGAACAGUUUUUAACUCAACCAAUGAAGCAGUCGAUUUAGAAUUUCCUGGAAAAGGAAAAGCUACUUCAUCAUCAUCAUUGUCGAUGUUACAACAGGGACAAUCUCAUUUGAUUAGCUCUCCUGCUUUGCAAGGGUUUGAUACCACUUCAACAGCAUUUACCAAUAUAUCACCAGUUAUCGAAUUGCCUCAAUUUCAAUUAUCUGAACAUAUUGGGCUAGAAAUUCAAAAUCUAUUAUUGGAACCCAAAGUUCUUGAUAUUGGAAGGCUUGAAAUUAAUCAAAGUCACAAUUAUUAUUUUAAAUUAUUUAAUAAAAGUGAUACCACCCUGAAAUAUGAAAUUAUUAUACCAGAAAAAGAACAAGGGUUUUUUUUCUUUGAGAAAAUCAUUGAUAGUUUAUCACCAAAUGACAUUCGUCGUGUAGAUUUUACUGUGAUUGCAAAUUCAGUUGGACAUCAAGCACAUUCAUUAAUUAUUCAUAAUUGUGUUACCAAUUCUGAGCUUAGUUUUACUUUACAUGGCUAUGUACAUUAUCCUCGAUAUUUGAGAUUUCCCUCACUUGGUGAUGAUGGGCAAUCUGUUUUAAAUUUAGGAUACUGUUAUGUGGAUCCUGGCAGGAAAUUUUCACAAGUAGCACCUUUGAUAGUGGAAAAUAUUACUGAAGAUGAUGUUUACAUAACCUGUCAAAGUAAUUUAUCAUUACAAGUUUCAGUAUUUCUUGAUGAAAACGGAGAAAAAGGUCAAGUUGUGGAAACUUUACUAAAAAAAAAAUCCAUGAUGACAGUUUGGGUGGCCCUACAACCUAAUUUACUUGGCGGUAUUCCUACUACUAGUAGAAGGACCUCUUCUAUCAAUGCAAACAAUACAGGAAGUUUGCAAUCCGUAACAGGAACUACAAAUUUGUCUGAUCGAAAUGCAAUAGCUAAUGGUGAAUGUCGAGUAUUGAUUGGUGGAAUAAAAUUUUCAGUUCAAGUUUUAGAGAGCAUCCCUUCAAUUUCACCAAGCGCUAAUUUUGCGCAGGAUAUAAAAGGUCAAGAGAACAAAACAGAGUUAUAUACUGUGAUUACUCAAACAGUUAAAUUUACUUCUUUAAUUGGCCUAUCCACACUUUCAGUAUCAAAAACUUUAAUAAACUUGGGAACUACAAAAAAGUUGGGAGGAAUAUUUUAUGGCUCUUUUGACAUUCGUAAUGUGUCAAGUCGUCUUCCUUUAGAUUAUUCAGUUGAAUGUUUAAGUGGUAAUAUAAUUCUGGAUUGUGCAGGAGGUUCGUUGGAAGGCUGGGAAUUAAAAGGCACCUCAGGUGAAUCCCCUGACCAUGGAGUCAAUUCUUUAGCUGAAUUUGGACAAAUUGCUCAAAACAAGGUCAACACGAAUGACAAAUCAUCAGAUCAAUUAUUAAAAGGUAAUAAUAAUUUGGAGAGAGCAUUAUUAGACAAAGAAAAUGAUAAAUUAUCAUCUAUUGAAUGGAACAAUAUUUCAGUAACAAUUGCUGGCCCCUCUUCUGAAACACAAAAUUUUGACUUGGAUGUUUCUAAUUGUGAAAUGAAUUUGAAGGCGAUAAUUCAAAAAGGUUAUCAAGCAAAAACAGUCCCAUUAUAUGAACAAUGUAUUGAAAUAUCUAAUCAAUCAACAACAAAGACCUUAAAGAUAUUUCCAACUAGUGAUUUAGCUGUUCAAGUUCGAUGGGCUCCUUUUGGUGAAGUAAAAAUAAUUGAAAUGUUCAAUAAUGAAGUAUCGGAUAAAAGUCAAAUCCCAUUUAAGAUUUGUGGCAAAUUAAUUGAGCUAAAGCCAGGUAAUAAGGCCCACCUUUAUUUAAGUUGUCCACAGCCUAAUUUUUUAUCUUCAGAAGAAAUAAAUACGCUAGCAACAGGGCGUAAGGUUACUGUUAAAGGGACCUUAUUUUUGAAUGAUCAAAACCAAGAUAUGGUAGUUAAAAUGGUCAAUUUGAUAGCUGCCUUUUGUGUGCCUAAAGGUGAAAUUAAUAUCAACUAUAUAGAUCUUGGAAAAAUUGGACUUUCUAAUUCUUGGGCUGGCAUCAAAUUUCAAUUCACAUUGUGUAAUAUUUCUGAUAUUCCUCUAAAUUAUGAAUUGCAAAGCCCCGAUUGUAUAGAAAUUUUAGAUGUUAUUGAUGAUAGCUCAACUGAAGUAAACCAUAGUGUCGUCUCUUUAAAACAUAAGGUAGAACCACACAUUGAUCAGACAAUUACUGCUGUUCUCAAGCCUCAUAGAAUUGAAAAUUAUGCUCCAGGCGAACAAUUAUUUGUUGUAAACAUUUUGAAUAUGUUUAAUCCACUUAACAUCAUGACUUUGAAAGUUAAAGCAACACUUACAUCAUUUGAGCUUAUGUUUGAUAGAUUGAUACAAGGCGAUCUUGUACUUCCUAUCCUUUAUCAUCCAAUUUCCUUUUCUGAUCAUCCUUGUGAUGAAUGGUUUACAAUUUUCAAUAUAACAGACCAAGAUAUUCGCUUUGAGAUUGGUGUCGAGCUAGCACCUGAUAUUUCAAGCUUUCUUAAAAUUGAAAUUCUUUCAAGAUUUUCUAAUACACCAUUAGUCGGAGGAGUUUCAAUUUGUGCACAUGGCUCAAUAGAAGUAAGAGUGCGUGCUUAUCCUAUUGAAACCAAAAGAAUUCCUCGUGAAUCAUUAUAUUUAACAAAUCAAGAUGGUGUUACUUUUGGCAAAUUAUGGGUUGCUACUAAGCAGGCAAAUAAUGAAGAUGAUAAAACACAGAGGAUUGAAAAAACUAUAACUAUACGUGGUGUAAUUGCUGAAUCUGUUAUUUUUACUAUUUCACCCAAAAAGCUAUUUUUUAAAACUGAAUGGAUUUCUUCAGAUAACGAACUUAAUAAUGAAAUUAUUAAAGGAACCAAUAGAUCAUUUCCAGGUAUUGGAAGCAAGACACAACUAUCACAAGAUGAUUCUUUAGAUAGUUACAGUACUGAAGAAGAUUUAAUUCAGAGAGACCAUCUUAUUAUUACAAACAUUUCUAGCAAGCUUCCGCUUUAUUUUAAGGUGCAAGUUGAAGGUCCAAUGGAGCUUUCUGUGAACGAUAUUAUUAAUAUAUUUCCUUUAGAUGAAAAUAAUUGUGGAGUUGUUGAGGCUAAACAAAAGCUUAUAUUGGGUAUCGAACUUGUUGAUACUUCAGCUGUUGUUUCUGAGGAUAUAAAAAUCCACAUAAUUGAUUUAAAAUCAUUAUCUGAACAAAAGAAAACAAUUGUUGUUAAAAUUGAAUCUGAUACAAGGGAGCAUCGCUCAAAAAUAAAGAAGGAACAUUGGGUUGAAGAAGGAGCCGAGACUAUAUCUGAACAAAAUAAUGAUACAGUUCUUAAACUCUUGGCAAAUUCAUUGGAUAAAUCACUUCAACACUUGGACCAUUCUCCAAGUUUGCCUUUUAUAAUUCUACGUGGUUGUAAAAGAAUUGGCGAAGUUACUGAAAUUGGUGGCAGGUAUGAAUUGGAUCUUGGGCAACAGGAUCUAGGUUCACCAACAAUAACAAAAAAACUGACCCUUGAAAAUUCUACGCACGAAAGAAUUUCAUAUCAUAUUAAAACUGUCUUUGCAAAUGAUAAGAAUUGGCUUAAUAUAAGUCGAAUUGAAGGCACAUUAGAGUCAUCAACAGGAGAACAUCAUCGUCAAUACAACAAUGUCCACACUAUUACACUGAGUUUUUUAACAAAUACAAGGAAUGUAUAUUCGACUUAUGUGAUUAUUAAAAAUAUGAACAAUCCUUCGGAUACAAAAACUAUACGCGUAAUGAUGGAGAUUGUAGCAAGACAAAAUAUAAAAAGAGGAGUCAAUGUAUCAUUGGAAAAUAAUAAUGUUUUUGAUGUAUAUGUGAAUGGAGUAGAUAUUAGUCAAUCAUGGAUUGAAAUGCUGAAUCUUUUUUAUGGAACUGAAUACACUGCACGUAGCAUGGUCAUUUAUAAUAGAGAAAGUGUUCCUUUAGAAUUCACGUUUCAAACAAAUCUUGAUUAUGAUGAUCCAACAGAAAUAGUUUUCUCAACUUCAAGAAUGUCUGCAAAGUUGUUCAAAACACUAACAGUUGAGCCUGAAAGUAAUGUUAGAGUUUAUAUCUGUGUAAGACCACUUCCUUCUCAAACAAUACAAGAAUCACUUCAAUGUGGAGAACAAAGAGAUACCAAUUUGGUCGAAGAAAAAAACAUUGAAAUUUACGUAAAUUGCAGGCUUGUAAAAGAUUUCCAAAAAAUAAUAAUGUUAAAGGCUGAGUGUAGGAUGCCUUCUUUACAAGUUACUUAUUGUGAGAUGGAAGCUUUGAUGGGUAAAAUUCAUCAUAAUGAAUCUGAUAACAAAGAUGAAGAUGAAUGGAUUAUUAAUUUUGAUCCAGAAUAUCGUGAAAUAACAAUUACAAAUUUAUUAGAUUCUCCUUUGGAAUAUGAAAUUGUUAAUGAUACAAUGUAUUUUACUUUGGAAUUUUCAAAUAACAAAAAGAAAGUAGAUCCAAAGUCUUCUCACAAUGUUAUUGUUCGCCCAAAUCUAAAGAGUUUAGCUAAAAAUAUAGAAAGUGUCAGAAGAGAAAAAUAUAUUCAAGAAAAUAUGACAGUUUAUAAUCGAAAUAGACCUUCAGAAAAUUAUUGGAUACCGUUAAGAAUAAGUUUUGGAUAUAUAUCAAACUUUCAGUUGGCAUCUGGUUACAAAGUGUCAUACGCAUUUAGUGUUUUAGAAAAUCAUACUGUUUGUUUCUUAAGUGAUUUUAAUAGGAACAUACAACUCUUUGAUUUAUUAAAACAAAAACCUGAUGAGUUAGUAUAUUAUGCCACUAUUAAAACUGGCGAAAAUUGGUUUCAACUUGCUGGUUUACUUUUCGGGACAAUAUUAAGUAAUAAUAUUUUCCAGAAGCAUGGACCUUUAUACCUUAAAAGAUCACAUGCUAAUCAUACAUCAAAUAAUGAACAAGGAGUAUGGUCACCAGAAUUAGCAAAAUGGGUUGCAGCAUUAAACUAUUUUAUAUCAUUUUUUCCAUAUCGAAAUCCAAUGCUUGAGACUUUAAAGGAACUUCAUAAAAAUAUGAUAAUAAUUCCACCAUCUGCAAUUUCAAAUUGA